CAGACGAAACUUUCAUUAAUUGGUUUGCUCAGUGUGCUCUUCGACGGUUCGACCUUCGUUAUCAUGAGCUGAUCAGCUCAUCACGUUUCUCUCCUUUCAAAUAAAAAAAAACUUAGGUAGCGUACACCUACAUACUCAUUAUAUAUUCAUAAAAGAAAUCCCAUAACCUGUGCGUCACAUGGCGAAUGUGUGGCAGAAUAUUCUUGCAUCAGACGCACUCUGCAAUCAUUUACGAACUCCCAACAAUCCUUGCUUGAAAACUCUUUAUUUACGUCGACGAGCUCUUUUGCUGCAAGAAAAAUCUACCAAAGUAUCAAGCAGUGAGGAGAGUUUCAGACGUUCUUACUUGCAGCUACGCUCUACAAUCUUGUAUGAAAGAUAUGGGGUACCAAAGGAAAUUCUGUGCUCUCGUAGUCGCUCUGUUAGUCUACGUGGGAUGAAUGUAUCCUUGUCUGAGAACAAAAACCACAAUUCUCAAGAUGACCGAUACAUGACAAUUCAGCAAAUGUUGGAUCAUCAUAAAGAAGCUAUUUCAAAUCUUACAUUUGCAAAAGAUGAAGCAUCCCUUCUUGCAUGUGCUUCUUUUGAUGGAACCUUGUCUAUUUGUGAAGUUUCACCCAUAUGCAGAGUCUUACACAUCCUAUCUGGUCAUGCAGCAGCAGUGACAGAUGUACAUUGGUCGGACAGAAAUGAGUGGCUUUUGAGUUGCUCCUUGGACGCAUCACUUCGAUUGUGGGAUGCACAAACCGGGAAAUGUUUGCGAAUAUUUCGUGAUCCGACCAAGUCAUCCAUCAAUUGCUGUGCGUUUUUACCUUCCAACAACAAUCUAGUCGUAGCCGGGAACAAACGUGGUAUGGUUCAAAUACUCAACAUUUCAACAGGCAUCUUCCCGCUUAAUGGUAGCAGUCAAAUCGGAGCACCAGUUACUUGCCUCACUUGUGAUGGGUUGGGUAGAUUAAUAUGGGCUGGUGACGAUCGGGGUUACAUAAAUUCGUUUCUUGUGGAUUCAGCAACGGGGCGACUGACUAAAGGACGUCGUCUUGAAAUUCAACCUUCAGUGCGUUCUCAAGGACCAUUGGUCACCUCUAUUUCUUUCACGGCAUGGGCUGGUCGAGGUGGACGUGAUCCUAGCCUGCUAGUCAGUUGCGCUGCUAAUGCUCUAUUUUUAUACAAGAUUGUCGAUGAACAAGGAGGACUUCGCCUGAAACGAAGAUGCCCGUUAGCACACCAUCAGUCUAAAAUUCGAUCAGAGUUUUGUCCAGUGUCAUCUCAGCCAGGAGCGUGGUGCCCAAAUCUAGUGUCUGGUGGUGAGGAUGGGUGCAUCUAUUUUUUGCAUGUUGAUGCUACGUCAACUACAACUCGUCGCAUUCCCGCACACGCUUCUGCCGUGCUAUCAGUGGCAGCCAACUACAACGGAGCUCUUUUAGCUUCAGGAGAUAGCCGUGGUAUUAUUAUGCUCUGGGGAAAACCAUCCCAUUGAAACUCCUCCCUACUAAUCAAUUCAAUGCUCUAAUGUCUAACAAAUAUCGUCAUUGAUCUCUCAACGCGGAUUGUCAACUCCCCCAGGAUUUAUAAUGCAAGAAGAACAGAAAUGCUACCCUGCACUGCCAGUGGCCGACCCUGCUCCCACUGUUAUUCACGUUGGGAACCAACAGGCCGCACCACCGCAAGUGAUCGUCGUGGGAGGAGGAUGUCCGAAAUGUCACGUGGGUUCGAUUCACACUAGCCACAUCACGUGCUGCGGAAUAUUGUGGGCUAUUUUACUAUUUCCAGUCGGAUUACUUUGCCUUUUGUGUUGCACUAAAAAGAGGUGCACCAACUGUUCAUACACAGACUAGUAAUUAUGAACCCGCAUGUGCUGACGUUUUGCAACAAGUGCAGGAUAAGUCGAUGAUUGGAAGCUUGAAAUGAAGGGAUUCAUUUAUCCUUGAAAGAAAGACCAAAAAAACAAGGAAUAACUAUUAAGUAUUACACACUAUUUUCUCUUGCUUGAAAAAAAAAAGAAAAUUUGACUCUUACUUAAAGCACGAAAUGCAUGUAAUUUCGUGAAUAUUUGAAAGCCUUUCGUUCCAAUUUCUUUCUAUGUUUUUACGUGUACGAUUAUCUAACCGCUGUGUGUAGCUAUUCCAACGAUAUGAUAAUUAAUCAGAUUUUUUUAAAACUAUAUCGCAUUAUUGUUAGUAAUUGGUAGUGGUUUAAUGCUAUUUAGUAUACAGAAAAUUUUAACCAAUUUAUAUAUUUAAACAAGCGCUGUACAGUAUGUGUUUUUUCAAAAAAAGAAAUAAAAUUGAUUCCUUCCUCACAUUUUCACAAGGAAAAAAACCAAAACAUUUGAUCUUUUUAAUUAUUCUUAAAGUAACAUAGCUGCUGCAGGACUUUAUAAUGGGAGCUGCUAGACUAGAGUCAGAUUCAGGGUCAAUUGAGCAACUUUUUGUGAAAAACCCACUUUUGUUAAAAAUCGAAACACGUCCCUUUUUAAAAAAAAAUAACGUUAACAACAUUUCCCCUGUUCAAAUUAUAGUAGACAUCCCGGGUCAACCUCAAAAGCAGUCGUUAGAGGGAAACUGCGUCGAAGGGGGAGAACCGUGGGGUGGGAAACUUUUCAUCCCCUCCCUCCUUUUUUCUGCCGUACGAAAAAGGAAACAAAAGGACUGAUAUUCAUUUCGCUUUUUAGUAUCUUGGCUCUGUUGGCCCUUAAGAGAUUGUCCCGUAGUCACAAAAGAACCUUUAAAAAUAGAUAUUCAAGCCCAUUUACUUUGUUAAAACUGCUGCAUUCCUUUUAAGAAUCGUACCCCACUGUCCUAUUUAAUCCCCAUAAAAAUUCUUACCUGUUUUCGCCGGAAGUUUGCUUGAAUUAUAAAAAGCAAGGCAGUCCAGUCGACAUUGUGAAAGCAUGGCUAUCGAAACUCAAAAACCCUCGGCCCCACCUGGUUUUCUUAACAUGAGCGGCCAGCAGCAGGCUCAACAAUCGUAUUUACCUUUAGAUAAUUGCCAUCAUCAUACUCCACCAGUAAUGAAUGCACCCAGCCACACCAUCAUCAAUGUAAACACUCAACCAUCAAAAUCUGUCGUUUUCGUUGGUGGGGGUUGUCCAUCGUGCCGAGUUGGUGUGCUGUCCAAGAGUCAUUGUACUUUUUGUGGCAUUUUGUGGUCAAUUCUUCUUUUCCCAAUCGGGUUGUUAUGCCUCUGCUGUUGUACGAAGGACCGCUGUUCCAAUUGCUCGUACACUCAAAAUUGAUGCAAUUGAACAGCAAGUGAGUCUGCAAUAGUGCAUUACUCGAAAGAAAACAAUGCUUCGUCGUUUUGUAUUGUGUCAAAUCGUUGAAACUGCUGUCAAACAAAGAAAAACGAAUUCACUUGAAGUGGAUUAGCUAAGUUACCGUUAAAUGUGUUUAUAACCAAGAAAAUCUGUUCAAUACAAGAUUAAAACGUG